UUGUACUUUAGAUGAGAUAUGAGUUUUUCAUCAUUAUACGUUAAACUUGUAGAUAAAAUUAGAAUAUUUUCCUUCAGAAAUAAAUUCACUAGGUUUUCUAACAGUUUCUGGAAACAAACAUUGCCGCAAGAUUUAGAAUGUUCAAUAAUCUAUGUUGUCAUGUAUUUAUCAGAUGCUAAAACCUCAAAUCGUGUAAUGUGAGAAGUGUCACGUGAUCUCAAGAUAGAAAGUGGCGAACCUGUCGCUUUUCUCUCAUGAGUUAUACAUUCCCAUACAUUCUAUUUCGAAAUGGAUAGUCAGCAUGUUUUGCUUUAGAUUUUCCAUUAUUUUUUGGGUGUAUGUAAUUGAUUACUGUUUGUAUGGGUUCUCGUGUCCAUUACUUCAACAUUACACUUACAAUGAUGUUCGAUUAACACCUGAAAUAUAUUUUAAUAAAAGAGGUAUGGAUUCUUUCUUUUGAAAAAACUUGUUAUUGUUUUUAUGAUUACUGUGGUUAGGUCAAAUUCAAGUACACGUCUAUCCUCAAGAAAACAGUAUGGCUAAUGGUAUUAGUUCGCAAACACUAGGCAUAAUACCAAAAUUAGAUUGGUGUCGAAUUGUGUUUGUUGUUCUCGAAACAAAAUGGCAAAUCUAUUUAAAUUGUUUGAAAACAUUUAAUGAUACCAUAUUUGCUGAACAUAGAGCGAAUACUAAUUUUUAUCACAAUGAUCUCCUUGGUACAUAUGUGAUUGGUGGUAGUGAAGUAGGCAACACAUUUCUGGGUUAUGUAGGCGAAGUUAAGUUCUACAGACGAAUUGCACUCACACAAAAACAGUUCCCAAAACGACCAGAUCUAAGCAAGUUUAUGUUUAAUUUGCAUCAUUAUUGGACACUAGAUGUCUGUAAAAGUUAUCUUCAGUUAUAUGAUACAUACCAAGAACAAUUUAAACGUUUAGAAAACCGUAUACGAACGAGAAAUACAUGCAGCAGAAUGCCUUAUUUAACAGUUAAGAAUCGAAUUAUGCCACAAUGUUUAUUAAUUAAAACAUGGAAACGUUCUCGAGAUAUGAAUGAAAAUUAUCGUGUGUACAGAGCAAUUAAAAAACGAAUAAUCGCACAAAGAUCCUUUUCUAAAGAAGAAUUUGGUACAAAACUGUAUGAUUUAACACUCAGGAUAAUACAAACAUCCGAUUUCAAUUGUCCUCAUAUUGCUCGUUUGUUAGAACAAUCAACAUGUUACGGUAGUUUACAAGCUCAAACAACAUUGGCUAUGUUCUAUAAUUUUGGCCUAUGUUUUGUCCGUAAUUCAACGAUGGUAAGUAUUUUUUGUUUACGUAUUAGUUGUUGUACGUGGUAUUGAAUUUGGACUAACGAGAGAACCUCUUGAGAUGCUCCCCUUCGAUGUCAAUAAUAUUUUGCCCAUAUAUACUAAUGGUAGAAUUACUUAUCAACUCAUCUUACGAGGGAACCUCUUGUGGCGGUCCCCUCCAAUUUUAAUGAUAUCUUGCCCAUACAUACUACAUCUUGUGCUAGUAAAAACUCUAAAAGGAUUUGGGUCUAUAUAACUUUUUUCAAAAGUUAUGAAUUUUUCUAUUUUUCGUCUGCAUGGUAUUAGGUGAAAUAUUAAAAAAAUCAUUGUUCAGUC